UUGCAGAAAGGAAGCAUAGAUCGUUACCGAGAUGAUAUUGUUCGUGUGGAUGAUGACAUCAAAAAGGCUACCGAGUACAAAGAGGAAAUUGACGAAGAUGUGAAAGCACUCAGCUUGGAACUGGAAGCUGCGAAGGAAGAGAAGGAUACCGUAGCAAUGGAAGCUGAGGAGCAUCGUUUCCGCGUCUCCGAACUUCAAGGCGCUAUCAGAGAGCAGGAGCAAACACAAGGAUUGUGCGAUCGUGAUGCUCGAGCGCUUGUUUCUGAAGUGGAUGAGGAGCAAACACAAGGAUUAUGUGAUCGGGAUGCUCGAGCACUUGUUUCUGAAGUGGAUGAGAACAAGCUGCAAAUGAGAAAAUUGAAAGCCGAGCUGGAGGAACUUUGCAAGAAACAUUGGCAUGAAGUACCGAAGUGUCGAAAGGCUUUGGAAGAGGUAGAUUAUUCCACAUUUGCACUUAAUGAGUAG